AUGUGCGGUGGCAGUAAGCACGAUCACGGCAGGUGUAGAUACGAAGCUGCGUUCCACGCCUUUCAGAUGCAAAAGCAGCAGCUACAUACCCCGUCAGCAGAUGUUAAGCGAGAUGGUCUAAGACGAUAUUCCGGCGAGAUGCAGCCGGAAACGAAGGAUCGGAAGCGAAUCAGGGAACUGGUGAAGGCGGAGAAGAAGGGCUAUGAAAAUCCACGAGAAGCGACUGGACGUAUUGUAUGCGCCAAUUGCCAUUUAGCUAAUAAACCAGUGGAUAUUGAGGUUCCGCAAACGGUACUUCCCGAUACUGUAUUUGAAGCAGUUGUUCGAAUUCCUUAUGAUAUGCAACUGAAACAAGUUCUUGCUAAUGGUAAAAAAGGGGCUUUAAAUGUGGGGGCUGUUCUUAUUUUACCAGAGGGUUUUGAAUUAGCCCCUCCCGAUCGUAUUUCCCCCGAGAUAAAAGAAAAGAUGGGCAAUCUGUCUUUUCAGAGCUACCGCCCAAAUCAAAAAAAUAUUCUUGUCAUAGGCCCUGUUCCUGGUCAGAAAUAUAGUGAAAUCACGUUUCCUAUUCUUUCCCCGGACCCCGCUACUAAGAAAGACAUUCACUUCUUAAAAUAUCCUAUAUACGUAGGCGGAAACAGGGGAAGGGGCCAGAUUUAUCCUGACGGGAGCAAGAGUAACAAUACAGUUUAUAAUGCUACAGCAUCCGGUAUAGUAAGCAAAAUCCUACGAAAAGAAAAGGGGGGAUACGAAAUAACCAUAGCGGAUGCAUCGGAUGGACGUCAAGUGGUUGAUAUUAUCCCUCCGGGGCCAGAACUUCUUGUUUCAGAAGGCGAAUCUAUCAAAUUUGAGCAGCCGUUGACAAGUAAUCCUAAUGUGGGCGGAUUUGGUCAGGGAGAUGCAGAAAUAGUACUUCAAGAUCCAUUACGUGUACAAGGCCUUUUGUUCUUCUUAGCAUCUGUUAUUUUGGCACAAAUAUUUUUGGUUCUUAAAAAGAAACAGUUCGAGAAGGUUCAAUUGUCCGAAAUGAAUUUCUAG